GUCUUCGGCUUAUUGAAGUUUUUUUAGCUUCCGAGACAUAUACUAUUAGUUUACAACGUUACUUUUUUGUUGUGUUUCUUUUUCUGUCUCUCAUGCAUUAUUCUAACAUUUGACUCGUGACAAGCUGGAAAGGUGUUUGUGCAGUUUCAUUCGCCAAAUUUGUUGGAAUCAUUCUGUCUUUUUGAUGUGUAUCUCAAGAAACAGAGUUUUCAAUUUUCACUACUUUUUGUAGCCUCUUGAACACCCUUUGAAUCUUUGUAUACGAAUUUAUGCUUAACACUGAUUGAAAAUGGAAUGUAUAAUUCCUCUAAAAUCAUGUACUGCACUAAAUCGCACUAUACCCUUGGUGCAGUUAAAUCUGAAUGGAUCCAAUGUGGGAAGUACUACUUCAUUUCCAAGCAAAGCUUUGUUCGGCAAAGGAGUUAAGAAAGUUGCAUCCAGAGGGACUGAGCAUUCCUCCAGAGAAUUCAAGAUUGUUGCAGCAGUAGAUGAAGAAAAACAGACCAGCACGGAUAAAUGGAAAGGGCUGGCGUACGAUACCUCGGAUGAUCAACAGGAUAUCACCAGAGGUAAAGGAAUGGUUGACACCCUCUUUCAAGCUCCAAUUGGUUCCGGUACUCAUCACGCCAUCAUGAGUUCUUACGAUUAUGUUAGCGCCGGUCUUCGCCAGUAAGUAUUUGGAUCACUUCACUUUAUGAACUUGGAUUGGGAGAUUAUACAUUCAUCUGGGAGCUGCUAAUAGCCCAGAUGGAGGUCUAAUUUCGGAUUUGAUUCUGAUUUUCCAGAUUUAACUAUGAUAACAAUAUGAAUGGAUACUAUAUUGCUCCUGCUUUCAUGGACAAGCUCGUGGUUCACAUAGCUAAAAACUUCAUGGAUCUUCCAAACAUCAAGGUUCCACUAAUUUUGGGGAUUUGGGGAGGCAAAGGGCAGGGGAAAUCCUUCCAAUGUGAACUUGUAUUUGCAAAAAUGGGUAUCAACCCAAUCAUGAUGAGUGCUGGAGAACUGGAAAGUGGAAAUGCAGGAGAGCCAGCAAAAUUGAUAAGGCAAAGGUACCGUGAAGCGGCUGACAGAAUUGCUAAAGGAAAAAUGUGUGUUCUGUUCAUCAAUGAUCUUGAUGCUGGAGCUGGUAGGCUUGGCAAUACCACACAAUACACAGUAAACAAUCAGAUGGUAAAUGCAACUCUGAUGAACAUUGCCGAUAAUCCCACCAAUGUUCAGCUUCCUGGUAUGUACAACCAGCAGGAAAAUCCGCGUGUUCCUAUAAUCGUCACAGGAAAUGACUUCUCCACUUUGUAUGCCCCUCUUAUCCGUGAUGGCCGAAUGGAGAAAUUCUACUGGGCACCAACCAGAGAAGACAGGAUUGGCGUUUGUGGCGGUAUAUUCCGAUCAGACAAUGUUCCCAGGGAAGACAUUGUCAAGCUAGUCGAUGCCUUCCCCGGUCAAUCAAUUGAUUUCUUCGGGGCAAUCAGGGCCAGGGUGUAUGAUGACGAGGUGAGGAAUUGGAUUACAAGUAUUGGUAUAGAGAACAUUGGGAAGAGGCUGGUGAAUUCAAAAGAUCCACCCCCAACUUUUGAGAAACCAAAGAUGACUCUGGAGAAGCUGCUUGAAUACGGAAAUAUGCUUGUCCGAGAACAGGAGAAUGUAAAGAGAGUCCAAUUAUCUGACAAGUACUUAAAGGAAGCUGCACUUGGUGAUGCAAAUGAGGACUCCAUGAAGAAUGGAACCUUUUAUGGAAAAGCGGCACAACAAGUUCAUGUUCCGGUUCCAGAAGGCUGUACUGAUCCAUCGGCAAAGAACUUUGACCCGACUGCUCGGAGUGACGAUGGAAGCUGCGUCUACAAUUAACCAGCUGAUUAUCGAUUUGCGUGAUAUAAGUACCGCGUGUGUAAAUGUGAAAUUCAAUGAAGUAAAGAUGGGCAUUUUGUUGCACUUAGUUAGUACUGCUAGCAAUGUUUAUAGCUAGUGUUUUGGUUAAGUAAAUUCGAAAAGAACAAAAACAGAGCGGCAGCUUUUAAGCGUCUUAAAAAAUGUGUUCCAAUUUGGACGGUACGCUUUAUCCAUAUGAAACGCUCAAUUUGUUACCAUUACUCAUACGUAAGUUACUAUCUCAUUAGGCCAAAUGUCCGUGUUCUCCCCUUUUUUGUUUCUUUUUCAGCAGAGAAUUCAGGUGGAAUAUGCGUAAACAAGAACUGAAAAGACAAUUAGAAGAAGUCCAGCCAGGCUCCAUUGAAACAAUAACGUCUAAAACAAAGGAGAAAAUAGUUAAAUGGCAAAGAGGUUCUUAUUGAUGGUUUUCCUUUUUAUUACAAGCAUUUUUGACAGCAGUCUUUCCAACGCACCAACUUCUUGAGAAGCCCUUCAACCGAGCCUAGGCGGACGGAGAACUAUACCUUUAGCAUCGACAAAUAUUCGCACCCUCUGAAGGUUCAGUUCAUCCGCCACCGCAGUAGAGGGUGGAAUAAUCUCAAUCUUAUAUCCAGGCACAUCUUUCUGGAUUAUCUCUCUGGCUGCUUCACCUGUUAAACCAACCACCUCGGGCCAAGUUCCCUCUCCAUUGGGAGUUGACGACGAAACCAGAAACAGGCUGAACAAAAGCAGAAAACCCAAAAUUUCUUUCCUCAUUUUAGCUUCAAAAGUUUCCGAACCCAAAAGAUAAACCCGAGAAAUGUUAAGUGAAGCAGCAAAGCAUUGGAAUUUAUUAUAUCUGUAAGUUUGCUAAAAGGCUUGCUUUUCAUUUUCCAAUGGAUAUGCAGGAAAAGCAGCACAACAACAAGUUCAUGUUCCUGUUCC